AUGAAGCUUUUGGAAGAAGGACCGUACGCACAAACAUCUCUCGGAACCCGCGAACAAUUGAAAAAGACCUUGCAAGACGGCUAUAACAAUCUGCUCAAGGAAUUCGACGAAGCCAAGGAGAAAAGUAUGAUCGCUUUUCAUCAUAUGCAUCCUCACUUCAUGCUGUAUCCGAUGCUAGCGUCAAGCUACGUGCACGGAGAUGAUUCAGCCGUGCAGCAAUCCAAUCUGGAGUACUGGCACGUUAAAACCCCAAGGCGCAAAGACGAGUCGUACACCAGUAGUGUGGUUCUUCCGGAUGAAGCACUUCUGCAAGCAGGAACGCACCCAAUCUUCACCAUUCGACAUCCAGGUGUGAUGGUCCCAUCAAUCUGGAGGACGAUGCGUGAGGUUGAGGUGCUGUGA